AUGGAUAUUAUAAUGAAAGAAAAUUUAUAUUGCUAUAAUUCAAAAAAAAGAAAUUUAACAAUUUGUGAAGAAUUACCAUAUGAUAUAUUAUUAUAUAUUUUAUCAUAUUUAACACCAAUAGAAUUAUGUUGUUUAAGUAGAGUUUGUUAUUCAUUUAGAGUGUUAGCAGAAGAUGAUUGGAUAUGGAGAGGAUUUUAUCCAAUGAUUCGAUUCAAUUUUUGUUAUCAUUUCCAAUUGAAUGAAUUUCCAAAACUAUUAAACACUCAACAAUGUAAACAAGUUUACAUUCAAGAAUUACAAACCAUUAAAUCAGUUUCACAAUUCAUUGGUACAUGGCACGAACAGUGGUGUGAUGUUCAAGUUUUAAAUUCAACCAAAGUCUCUUUCAACGGUUUAAAUUUCAUCGUUGAAUAUACUAAAAAUAAAUUUGAGGCUGAAUUUAUCUCUUUUAAUGGUCAAUCUUUAAAAUUUAAAUUAACAGGUGGUGAUAGUGGUUGGUCUUUCAUCUAUACUUUAACUUUAAAUAAUAAUCAAAAUAAUAAUCAACAUAAACUAAACAAUAAUAAUAAUAAUAAUAAUUCUAGUAAUGGAAUGAAAAUUCAACAAGAUGAUCAAAAUUUACAACAAGAUUCAUUACAAUUACAUGUACUUAGAAUUCACGAUAAUAUAGAAUUCACUGGUAUGUUUACUUCAUCAAAGAGUGAAUCAAAUUCUCCUCCACCUCACUUUAGGAAUAAAAACAAUUAUAAAUUAUUUUUAAUGAAACAAGAAAUUCAACAAUUACAACAAAUUUCUUCUACAACUAUCACUUCCUCAAGUAAUGAAAUUUUCAACACAAAUAAUAAUAAUAAUGAUAACAAUAACAACAAUAAUAACAAUAGUCACGAUAAUAAUAAUAAUAAUAAUAAUAAUAAUAAUAAUAAUAAUAAUAAUAAUAAUAAUAAUAAUAAUAAUAAUAAUAGUAAUAGUAGUUGCGAUUCAAGAAGACAUACUAGAAUCUAUGCUUACUAA